GGUAAGCAGUCAAGCAGUGUAAAUGAGUGAUGAGUGUAAACACUCGGGGAGAUAGGUUAACAUAACAUCUGUGGAUGUGGAUGGGUGAUCGUUUGGAAACCGUUAUGAUGUUGAUGGUGUUUAAUAAUAAUAGAACCAGUCACACACAAGAUUGUUUUCAUACUUGUCGUGUCACGGCAAGAAGAAGAAGAACGCGCAGCGUCAUGGACACGUAAUCCUUGCUUCUUUCACGCAACGUAAACUUUACGUAAUCUGUGCAAAAACACGUGCGACUCACUCGCAAACUAUCAGCUUAUUGUUAGAUGUGAUCGUUACGAUCUACACGAUCAUUUCAUUGACUGGAUAACAUUUUAAAAUCAUACUUGAGAUGAUAAACAUAUUUAAUAUAUAUCGCGGGACUAUCGGGUUAUUGAAUAUAUAUAUCAUCCUAGCAUUCCUAUAGCUGCAGCCAGUGUAUACUGUAUAUAAAAGUGUGUGUUUCGAGUUUCGACGCGAAUGUGUUUGUAUUGAGAGCAGGUGAUUGCAAAAGUUGUCAACAGAUAUUUGCAAGACAUCUAUAGACAUCCGCAUCAGAUCUCGCAGCGUAAUAAUGACGUGGAACAGUGCGAUAUCUUGUCGUCGUUCGACGCUGCUGUUAUUCCUCUGCUACUCCGCCGCAUCGGUCAGAACGAUUGCGCAAUAUUGCAAGGAGGGAGAAUGCGGUGCGUUUUGCGAGGGACUAUGCGAGCUCCGUUUGGAAUUGGUUCAAGUGCUAAUGAGACAUGGAGAACGGACGCCGAGACUAAAAGAAACUUUAAUUUAUCCCACGGACCCGUAUAACGUAUCGACUUAUGAGCCGUGGGGUCUUGGCCAGUUAACCAAUCAAGGAAAGCUGACGGAAUAUCGAAUCGGCAUAAUGUUGAGGCACCGUUACAACAACUUUCUGGGAUCGAUCUAUUACCCGCGAGAUAUCUACGCUGUUAGUACAGAGACUGAUCGCACGAAAAUGUCUUUACAAUUGAUGUUAGCAGGGUUGUACCCUCCAGAUACAUCACAAGUGUGGAAUCCGGAUUUACCGUGGCUCGCCAUUCCUAUUAAUUAUGUACCUGAAAAAGUAGACAUAUUAUUAAAGCCUCAAAAUUGUCCAACAUACAAAUCAGCUUUAGCAGAAACGAAGAAGCUGAAAGAGGUGCGCGACAGAUUUGCAGUUUACGAAGAUUUCUACAAAUUUUUGAGCGAGAAAACUGGAGUGGUUCAGAACGACCUACUAGACCUUUACAAUCUGUUAACAGCACAAAAAAACAUGAAUCUAACUCUGCCGGAGUGGUGCACCGAUCAAGUGUAUCGGUCGAUGCAGGUGGUCAUCGUGAUGGAAUAUGAGAUCCGCUCAUACACGACUCAGUUGAAGCGGUUGAACGGUGGUAUGUUGAUCAAGAAAUUCAUCGACAACAUAAACAAACGCCCAAAUUCGCGCAAGAUGUAUGUGUACAGUGCCCACGAGACAAAUAUCGCAGCGUUCGCCAGGGCCCAAAAUAUUAGCGAACCGAAAUUACCCAAUUACGGAUCGGCGUUCCUAUUUGAGAAACUGCGGGAUGAUUUCGGUCAGAUUUACAUUAAGAUUUUACUCUGGACAGGCACCACAGGAAAGUUGGUGACCAUUAAACUGCCAGGCUGCGAUGAAGUUUGCCCUCUGGAAACUUAUUUAGAGCUCGUGCGGAAUGUGAUACCUUCAGAUAAGGAGAUGACUUGCUUGUGGGAUAUUAUAACUAGAGAAGAACUUUUAGAAUUGUUUGCUGAAAAGCUAAAUUUGGAUUAAUAAAAUUUUGUACGGACUGAAUAAAACCAUAUAUACAUAUAUAUAUAUAUAUUUGUAUGAGGCGUGAAUUAAGUUUGGAGAAUAAAUGGAAGGAGUAGAAUCACGUA